AUAGUGCCAUCGAUAGUCUGCCAGUUUUACUGAGCAGCUGUCCAGUUAUCGCAGUGCGGUGGAAUUGUUACGAUUUAAUUCAGUUUUUCGAAUAAAAUGUCUACCAUAGUGUUCCUACGCCAAAUAAUCAACCAUGGGAAUCUGCUGGGAAGUUUCCGUGUGCUGCAUCGAGUACCUUUAUCAACUGGCAAUACAGGUGCAUCUUCAGCUACCCUGCUCUACGAACGUGAUCCGCAGCCUCAGUUCACUGAUCCAGAAACGCAAAAUUUACUCAGGUCCAUGACGCAGCUUCAGCUGGAUAAAAUUUUCCAGAAGACGACUGUGCCGGACAACUCCGUGGAUUACAAGCUCAUGACUGUCGCGAUGCUGGAAGAAGAGUUUCGCAAGACUAUUGCACGUGCGAAGGAGCGCUUACAAAUGCCUCCCGUUGUUCAGAUAAGAAAAGAUGAACACAAAAUUAUAUCCAAUGACAGUGCUUUAAGCGGUUUCUCAAACACAAAGUACGUUAUAACAGACAUAACAUAUGGAUUGCGUCAAUCAGAGCGCAAGGUUGUGGUGCGGCAAACCAAUGGUACCCUGGAGUAUGCACCAAUGGAAGUAACAAAGCGUAUGCGGCAAUUAUAUUUUCCACUUAAUGGUCGCAGUAUACGAGUUCCGCAAAUGUUCCAGGAUGACCAUUUACAACGCUGUUUAGAUGAGCAAAAAUAUGUGUUUAUUUUAAACCGUAUGGUGGUUCAAUUCGAACCUUAUGAGCCAGAGUUCCAUCACAUCAGCAGCAAGGUAUAUCAGCACAUCAAUGAAUCUAAACAAUUUGAUGUGUUACGUUCUACGAGACAUUUCGGCCCGAUGGCAUUCUUUUUUGCUUGGCAUCGAUGCAUUGAUGACUUGCUUUACGACAUGAUAAGGCGAGACUAUCUCCAGAACGGGGCAGAACUUAUUGCGCUCUUCUAUAAAUUGCAUGGUAUUGAGUCUAAUUACAAAAAGCUCUUUAAACAAUUAGAGGAAAUUAAACCUGAGGAGGAUUUGGCUUUAAAGGAACUAAACAAGGAGCUGAAACGUACCUCGAAAGAUGUAAAAGAGGACUUGGAAUCGACUAUCGGAAAAACGCGAACGGAUUUUGAAAUCGACGAUUUAUGUUUACAAUUUAUAGAAGAUUAUAUAAGCAAGCACGCACUAAAAAGGGUUCAACUUGAAUUGGCAAUACAAACCAUAAAGGAAAUAAGUUCCGAAAAGAGGCAACUGUUUGAGGGCCUAAGCAAAGCACAUGGCGUAUCGUAAAGGUCUUAAAUAAAGAAAAUGUUUAUUAAAUAAGUAAUGUUUAUAAAAUCUAGCUAAAUAGAUUUAAUAUGAGUUUUAAAAUUA